AUGAAAUUGAGCAAAAAUGUUUCACAACAAGAAACAAUAGAAACUACAGAAGUAAAUGAAAGCAUAGGAUAUUCUUUUAUACAAAAAUAUCAAGAUAAUUUGGCAUAUGAAUAUUAUUAUAAAGCAUUAGAAAUCUACAAUAAAUAUCUAUUGAUGGAUGUACAAAAUAUAAAAAUGAAAACAGAAAAUAUAUUGUCAACUCUCCAUCGAAUUAGAGAAGAAUCUUUUUUACUAAUUGAAAAAUUAAAAAUAACAUUAUUAAAAUUAAAAACAGAUAAAUCAGAUAAAGAUAAAUGUCUAAAAUAUCUUAUAGCUGUUAAAUAUUAUAAAAAAAUUACUAAAGUGCAAAUUUCUAUUAAUCCGAAUGAUAAAAUAAUAUUAACAAAAUUAUAUAUUCUUAUUAUUCAUUGUUAUGCAAGAACUGAACAGAACGAUAUUAUUGUUGAACAAAUUAAUGAAGCAUUGAAUAAUGAUAUAGAUGUAACAUUAUUUGAAAAUAUAGAUACGUCUUAUCUGUUUAAAAUUAUUGUAAAAGAUUAUUUUAAAAAGUAUGAUUAUCAAUUAGCUACAGAAUAUUUUAUUAAAACUUUGACAUUAAAAGAGAAUGCAAUUUCAGAUAAUGAAUUUGAAAUUUCUUAUUUAUAUUUUCAGACUGGUGAAUGUUUUCGAAAAUUAAAAAAUUAUAGUCUAGUGAUUGAAUAUUUUAAAAAAGCUUUAAAAGUAUACGAAACAGUAAUACCAAACAAUAAAACAAUAUAUUAUCUUUUACAUACUGGCGUCGGGGACUGUUAUAGUACAAUAAAAGAUUAUUAUAUGACUAUUAAACAUUAUACACAAGGUUUCAUUAUUCAAAUCAAAAUAAUACCGUAUAACAGAAAUGACAUAAUAAAUUUAUGA